GGUACAAGAAAAUUCCCCAGGUCAUAGAGCUGGACUGGAGCCCUUCUUUGACUUUAUUGUUUCUAUUAAUGGUUCAAGAUUAAAUAAAGAUAAUGACACUCUGAAGGAUUUAUUGAAAGCAAAUGUUGAAAAGCCUGUAAAAAUGCUCAUCUAUAGCAGCAAAACUCUAGAGCUGCGGGAGACUUCAGUCACACCCAGCAACUUGUGGGGUGGCCAGGGCUUGCUGGGAGUGAGCAUUCGUUUCUGCAGUUUUGAUGGGGCAAAUGAGAACGUUUGGCACGUGCUGGAAGUGGAAUCAAAUUCUCCCGCAGCAUUGGCAGGUCUUCGACCUCACAGUGAUUACAUCAUUGGAGCAGAUAUGGUCAUGAAUGAGUCUGAAGAUCUCUUCAGUCUUAUUGAAACACAUGAAGCAAAACCACUGAAGCUUUACGUAUAUAACACAGACACUGAUAACUGUCGUGAAGUGAUUAUUACACCAAAUUCUGCCUGGGGUGGAGAAGGCAGCCUAGGAUGUGGCAUUGGAUAUGGUUAUUUACAUCGAAUACCUACACGCCCAUUUGAAGAAGGCAAGAAAAUUUCUCUUCCAGGACAAAUGACAGGUCCACCUAUUACUCCUCUUAAAGAUGGAUUUACAGAGGUCCAGCUCUCUUCAGUAAAUCCUCCACCUUUGUCACCACCAGGAACUGCAGGAAUGGAACAGGCUCUGUCUGGACUUUCUAUUAGCUCAACUCCACCACCAGCUGUCAGUAAUGUUCUCAGUACAGGCGUACCAACAGUACCAUUGUUACCACCACAGCUAAACCAGUCCCUGGCUUCUGUGCCGCCACUGAACCCAGCCACUACAUUACCAAGUCUGAUGCCUUUGCCAGCAGGACUGCCUAACCUCCCCAGUCUCCCCAACCUCAACCUUCCUGCACCACACAUCAUGCCAGGGGUCAGCCUGCCGGAGCUCGUGAACCCCGGUUUGCCACCUCUUCCUUCCUUGCCUCCCCGAAACCUGCCUGGCAUUGCACCUCUCACCAUGCCAGCCGAGUUGCUCCCGUCAUUCCCUUUGGUUCCAGAGGGCUCUUCUGCAGCCAGCUCUGGGGAGCUGCUGUCCUCACUUCCACCUGCUGGCAGCCUGCCUUCCAACCCUGUCAUCACGACUACUGCAAAGGCCGAUGCUGCCACCUCACUCCCUGUGGCUGUGACACCCCCCACUUCCAAGGCCCCCACCACUGCUGAGGACAGAGCCAGCGACUCCCCCACAGCCAGCGAGUCGCCUGCUGUUGCCGUGACCAAUGCCAGUGCUUCUGAGUCACCAUAACUUUGAACCGUUCUUCAGAGUCGGCGUGGUGUAUUUAUUUUAACCACAGGAGCGUGUCUGGAAAUGCAAACGAUCAUUAAUUUCAUACUAGUUCGUACCGUAUCUGUAGGCGUCCUGUAAAUAAUUCUAAGGGGAAAAUGAAGCAAGAGGAUGUGAGCUUUUAUCCUGCCUGGGUGGGGUGGAGCACACGGCAUAGCCUGGGAGGGAAUGUCUGAAAGUGCUUGUAUUUUAAACAACCAAAAAGAAUUGCAGGGUAGCUUUCUGCCAGGUGACCACUGCCAUUCUGAGGGGUGCACAGCUGAGUGCAGAGGCGGCAGGGUGUUUGCUCACUUCCUGCUCCCCUACUGCUCCUGUAAAAUCCGAAUUAUUCUAGGCUGAGGCCCCAACACGCAACAUUUCUUGUACUUUGUAAAACGUUUGCAAGAAUGUAGACCACCUGACUACACUUUGGAAAAGGUAAUUUGCUUUCCAUCUCUGAGUCUCUGUUAAGGUUUACAUAAAAAAGUUCCCCCGUUAAAGAUGUUUAAAUUAUACAAUGUGCACUAUUAAUUGAACACCUUCUUACUCAGCUUAUACACAGAUCCUUGUUUUGAGCUCCCAGAAUUACUCAGACAACAUUUUGUAACUGCUGCAGUUGCUUUCUACAUCUACCAUAAGAUGGCAUCUGAACAGAAAUAAAGGACACGUUGCACAAUUUUAAACCAGAAGGUGGCACUCGGUGGCUCCUUCACAAUCCAGUCCCUUGGGGAAGCAUAGAUCAGCAAUAAAUUACGGUGAUUUUUUUCCUCUUCUUGCAUUACCUAAAUUACAGCUCAUCCGCCACGUGUGCACUGGUUGUCCUCUGCGCUCUGCAUCUCUGGAGUACUUACGAUUUAUGCUUCCUUUUUUCCUAAGUUUUCUAAGAGAUGGUAAGUUAACUGGAAUUGGUUGAUUGAAUGAAAUUAAAUGCAUAUUAUAUCUGUUUUUAAAAUGA